AUGGACCCACGACCACACGCGGCGGUCAGCCGAUCCGGCCCACAAGUAGCAGUGGCAGACCCAACGCGUCGACCUCCGGCUGAGGAAUGGCGGAAGUGGCCCUCCGUCAGAGCUUUCAUUCCUAACUUACCUCGGGGAACCACCACCUACGAUAUCCACAAGAACCUCCAAAGAUUUGGAAAGGUCGAAUUUAUUCGGAUCGAAGAAACCCGCCAGGGUGUCUUUGCAAGAACAGCCCAUGUCACCUUCAAAGCUCCGUGGGACCCCAUUUACAGAAAUGGAAUCGAAUUCCGCAUUCGAGACGGAGGCCGCGAGGUUCGCCAUCAGGUCAAAGUCAACUACGCAUACACCCAAAUGUCAGCACGUCCGAUCGAAAGCCCCAUCCGGAAAGGUAUCAAAUACCACCCUGAAAUGACCUUACACGCCGAGGCCAUUGAUUUCGGCUACCUAGAACGCCCUACAUCAAUGGUAAUCAAGGCGACAAGGGGAGAUCCCCCCAUCAAAUUAUUGCUCAACCUGAAUCGACUGGAAAUCGAAGUCCACUUCCCUAUUGUAAUGCAGUCUAAAGGAAAGUCAACAACACGAGCUUACCGUUUCUUUGUGGCUCUGGAUGAUCAGAUCUCUCUGUGUGAGGUGCAACAACAUGGUGUCACUUCAUUGGUCUUCCACCUCAACAACCCUCCGUGGUAUUCUAGACAAUUAAAAGAAGCGAUGCAGAUGAGCCACGCCCCAGAUGCUUUUAGGUGGUCGGCAGACGAUACUUGGUCACGCCAAACUGACAUUGUCGACGAUAAAGACACGUAUGCAAAGAUUGACAACACCCCAGUCUCUGUACGAAAGCUGUACAACAGUAUUGACAUUGCACGCUGGACUACCUUUCGUGUCACUGUGAGACCGCGUUCGCCGGUGAACGACAGUCUACGACAAUUCCUUAGAGCGCUUGAGGAUUUCAAUGUGCCGGUCACUCAAAACUGCUCGUUCAAGAUUACUCCAUCUCCGGGGAAGGAAGCACCAGUGUGGAAUUUGCUCGAUGGUCCACAACAUCCUCACUCUUUGACUGAACAAUUGUCUGCUGUCUAUUUACCAUUCGAACUGCGCUAUCAGCUUGAAGUCUGCAUCUCUCAAGGGUGGCUAAAUGAAUACACCAUCAAUGAAGCAUUCCUCCAGCGCCUCAUCAGUCUACCCACCCAGCGUGCCAAACAAAUGCUCGUUCACGUUGAUUCAUAUCAAAAGCGCGUCUACGAUCCCAUGGAAAUCUUUACGGAUUUGAAAUACUCUCGGCCUGUUAAGGCCCGUGCGCUUCCUUCAAACUGCGUCGAACUCUAUCAUGCCACGGUCACGGCUACGGGCAUUCUUUUCCACACUCCCUCUGUUGAGGUCACCAAUCGAAUUGUGCGCAAAUACCAGCGGUACAGCGAUCGAUUCCUUCGGGUGCGAUUUGAAGACGACGCCUGCCGUGGAAAAACUCGACUCUAUUCGGCAACCAACGGCAGAAUGAAGCUGAUCUUUGACCGAGUCCGACGAACAAUGAGAAAAGGAAUCGUUCUAGGAGAUCGGCGCUACGAAUUUCUUGCAUGGGGCAACUCGCAGCUUCGAGAGCAUGGUGCCUACUUCUUUGCCUCUAUCCGCAACCCCCACAUCGACGCUGACUCGAUCAGGGAAAGCAUGGGCAACUUUGAUCGUGAAAAGGUCGUGGCAAAGCGCGCGGCGCGGAUGGGCCAGUGCUUUUCGACGACUAAACCCGUCUCCUGGGUUAGCAGACGGUCAUGGAAAAAAGAUCCAAUUCCGGAUAUCAUCGAGGGUCAAUACAACUUUUCAGAUGGGAUUGGCAUCAUAUCCGGACUGGCCGCAAACAUUGUUUCCACCUCUUUGGGUCGUAAGGGUCGCACACCGUCAGCAUUUCAAUUCCGACUUGGAGGUUGCAAAGGAGUCCUAGCCGUGGAUCCCAAUCGCAAGGGCAACGACAUCAGGAUGCGACCGAGUCAAUACAAGUUUGAUUGCGAAUCAGAUGAGCUGGAAAUCAUUCGUGUGUCUGAGUUUUGGCAACCUUUCUUGAAUCGUCAGCUUAUCCUGGUGCUCUCGGACCUGGGUGUUCCGGAUAAGGUCUUCCUGCGAAAGCAACAAGAGUGCAUCCGGGCCCUCGAUCGUGCCAUGGUCGAUGAUGCAGCCGCACUACGGUCUUUGCGUGAAAACGUCGACCCCAACCUUAUGACACUGAACAUUGCUACCAUGAUCGAGAAUGGUUUCCGUCAGACAAACGAACCAUUUGUAACAUCCUUGUUGCGGUUAUAUCGAGCAUGGACCCUGAAAUACCUCAAAGAGAAGGCGAAGAUCCCGGUUGCCCAGGGGGCGUUCGUCCUGGGCAUCGUGGACGAGACCAACACACUAAAAGGGUAUACAAAGCCCAAGGCUAAUGAUGAUCCCACUAAGCCACCGCAAGAACCACCUUUACCUCAAAUCUUCAUCCAAUACACCGAUCAGCAUACCGGUCAGCCUCGAAUUGUGGAAGGGAUCUGUGCUAUCGCCCGAAACCCAUCCCUUCACCGAGGCGACGUCCGAGUCGUUGUGGCAGUUGACGUACCAGAAUUGCACCACUGCUGCGAUGUGUUGGUUAUGCCAGCGAAUGGUGAUCGUGAUUUGGCCAGUAUGUGUUCUGGAGGUGAUUUGGAUGGCGACGACUAUAUGGUCAUUUGGGAUCCUGAUUUGAUUCCGACAGAGUGGCACGCAGAGCCAUUUCUUUAUGAACCCCCGGAUCCAGUGACCAAAGAGGAAAUUUCCACCGACGACAUCAUCGAUUUCUUCUGUGAUUAUCUUCAGAAUGACUACCUUGGAAGGAUUGCUCAUGCCCAUCUCGCCGCAGCUGACUAUCUUGACGAAGGUAUCCGAAGCAGUCAAUGCCUGGAACUGGUCAAGUUACAUUCUAUGGCCGUUGAUUAUCCCAAGACAGGCGUCCCCGCAAAGAUGGAACGACAUCUUGAACGGAAUAAUUGGCCCCAUUUCAUGGAAAAGAAGAGAAAUGGAGUGUACCGAUCUCGCAAGAUACUAGGUCAAUUGUAUGAUGCCGUUGAAAAGGUGAAUUUUCAGCCAAAUUGGAGCGGUGCAUUUGACCGUCGUAUCUUGACGCACAAGCCUCCCCCAGAGCCGGUUUUAGAGCAAGUAAUCAAACUCAAGAAAAGUUACGAUGAAGCUAUGCGGCGAAUCAUGGCCCAACAUCAAAUCCGGACCGAAUUCGAGGUUUGGUCGACAUUUGUGCUUCAUCACAGCAAAGCAGCCAGGGAUUUCAAAUUUCAUGAAGAGAUUGGCCAGCAUGCGAAAACACUCAAAGAGCAAUACUAUGAAGCAAUUUCUCAGGAGGCUGGAGGAAAUGAAUUCGAGAAGCUAGCCCCCUUUGCCCUGGCUGCGUAUCACAUCACGUACAAUGAGGUUCGUCAGGUUCAGGAGGAAGCAUACAAUCCUCCAAACUCGGAAGAUGUUGAAGGACCCACGGACAAUACAGUAGAAAUGCCUUUCAUUAGCUUUCCCUGGGUUCUUGAGGAUGUCCUUGGGAAGAUAGCGAAUCACACGAUUCUCGAAUACGAGGUCGCUGUCUCGGAACCGAUGGAGAAAGCGGAGACUACUGGUAAUGAAUCAGAUCGCAUCAAGACACUGUUACAAGCUCUCGACAACACAGAAGGCAGCGGCAACUUGAUGGAUUCUAAUGAUCGACCUUCACCACCGAGCGUCCAAGCAGGAAGUUCGCCGGACCGAGGUGUCAUCGGAGAAAACGAAGUCUCGGUGUUCCAGCCCCUUAUCGAAGAUCCGACACGAUCUAAGCAACACAAUUUGAGCGAUCUCGCGCCAUUGAAAACAGUCACCAAUACCGGAGCCAGAAUUUUCGAUGACUACUCAGCGUCUGAUAACAGUCCCCUCGUCUCUACCGUCAAUUCGACGUUAGGCGCAACGGAGAGCUCGUCUACCAGCCCAGAUGAAGCGAAUGCUCCACAGUCAUGCUUGUCUCAGUCCAAGGGUGUGUCAGGAGUAUCUCUUGCCAAUGAUACAAGCUCGCACAAGGAUGCAAUGCCAUUUACUCCGGCUGAUUCUCCGACGCCAGCUUUCUUGGAGCAUUACCUGAAAGAUCCAGCGAUGAUGUCGAAGGAGGAGGCCAUUGCAGCUGGCGUUCUCGGUGACAGCGACGACGAUGACUAUGGCUAUUGA